CAUGGCGGAGGCGGGCAGAGCCGCAGCCCGCCGCCCCGUCCCCCCCCGGCCGCCGGCGGGCCGGGGCUGCGCCGUCCAGGUGUCUGUCAUCGUGCCUGUUCACAAUAGUGAAUGCUGGUUAGAUGAAUGCUUGAAGUCAGUUUGGGAACAAGAUUUUAAAGAAACCAUGGAGCUGUCAGUUUUUAAUGAUGCCAGUGAGGAUGGUUCAGCUGAAAUAAUUGAAAAAUGGAAGAUGAAGUUGGAAGAUGCUGGUGUUCCAGUAAUUGUUGGUAGCAAUGAUUCAUCUCAACCUCGAGGCGUUGGAUUUGCUAAAAAUCAAGCAGUAAUUCAGAGCUCAGGAACCUAUCUCUGCUUUCUGGAUUCAGAUGAUGUGAUGAUGCCACAGCGGGUUAGGCUGCAGCACGAAGUUGCCAUUCAACACCCAAACAGUAUUGUUGGUUGCCAAAUCAGAAGAGAGCCACCAGAGUCGACGGAACGGUAUACUCGUUGGAUCAAUAGUCUGACUGAAGAACAACUUCUUACACAGGUGUUUACCUCCCAUGGACCUACUGUGAUCAUGCCAACCUGGUUCUGUUCUCGAGAAUGGUUUUUUCAUGUGGGAAAAUUUGAUGAGGGUGGAAAGGGUGUUCCAGAAGACCUGUUGUUUUUCUACAAACAUAUCCAAAAUGGUGGUGAAGUCUUUCGAGUAAACCAUUGCCUCCUGCUGUACCGUUACCAUCCACAGGCUGCCACUCACUCUGUCCUAGAGGAAACCAUCUGGAAUCACCGUGUCAGGUUUCUUGAAGACAGAGUCCUCAGCUCUUGGACAUCAUUCACCAUUUGGAAUGCUGGCAAGCAAGGCAAGAAGCUCUACAGAAGCUUGUCACCAGCUAAUCGGAAAAAGGUAACUGCAUUUUGUGAUGUGGAUGAAAAGAAAAUAACAAAAGGAUUCUACACAUAUGAGGAAUCUGAGGAGAGACCAAAACCAAGAAUUCCAGUAUGUCACUUCAGAGAUGCAACUCCUCCCUUCAUUAUCUGCGUGAAGCUGGAUUUGACAGGUGGAGCAUUUGAAACGAACCUGAACAUGCUGAACUUGAAGGAAGGGGUGGAUUAUUAUCACUUUAACUAAAAACCAAGCGUGCUGCACAGUUCCUGCUGAGAGCCCUUUUGUCAGGAUGCUGCAGCACGAACCCAUCCAUCCUAAUGGCACCUGAACCCAGAGCUUCAGUUGACAGACCAGCAGCCACUGCCUGCAGCUUCAUCAUGCUGAGCUCUACAAGAGAGAAGAAACAUGUGGAGUAGGCAUGUAUCACUGUAUUAACAGUACCUCGAUCAUGUAAUUUAGUAAACUAAAAAUGGAGAAGAAAAUGUAGACGUACAAAGCUGUAAUAUUUACAGUCCUUUUUAACACCAUGAUUUUUAACUAUUCUCUAGCAGCUUUUAUUUGUACAAGAUUUAAAGGCAUUUUAAGUGCUGAUUUCAUCUGAAAUUAACUUUGGCCACCUUUUCAUACUGUUAUUAUUGGCUUCCUCUCUCGUUUCUCCCCUGUUCUCAGGAUAGGGGAGCUCUGCAAGAGCAAUGUGUUGUGCGCUCCUGUGUAAGCACAGCCCAGGAUCAGCUGGCCAGCUGUGAAAAGUCCUUCACGUGCACUCUGUCACUUUCAGAGUGAACUCCAGCAGUUCUCAGGGCAGGGGCAGGCUUCACUCUUUGCUAAAAGUUAUACUAAUGUGAUUCUCUUAUGUUAAAAGAGGAGGAAAAGAUAUAGUUCCAAAUUCAGCACCUAACUUCCAGAUUACAAACAGCAUCAUGUGUAUCAUAUACAUACCUAGAUGUAUAUUUGGGUAUUUCUUAUUGUUUUGUACAUAUUAGAGACAGUUUUCUCCUAACUUGUCAGUCUUCUCUCAGCCUCCUAUAAUUUAGGAAUUGAAAUAAGGGGGGUUUUGAGAUCAGGGAGUUCAUCUUGUAACAUCUUUAUUUUGAACAUAACAUUUCUGGUGGAUAGAAAACCCUGACUCAGCAACGCUCAGGGCCAUUUUUGCUCUAAAACCAGUUCCUUGCAUGGGUGAGAGGGUCAGAUUCUUGUUCAGCAAAAUUACAAAACCGUUAGUUGCAGGUUUCUUAAAACUGUACUAAUAGCAGAAAGGUGUAAACAUGAUGGUAAAAACUGGAAGAUGAGUAAAGAAACUGCUCUGGGCACAGCAGGGUGUCUCUGAAGUUUACUCACAGUAAGUAACCACAGUUAAGAAUGGUCUUCUGACCAAUUUUUUAAAUAGACUUUAAAAUGUGUGUAUAUAUAUAUAUAUUUUUUUACAUCAAUGAUAACUCAAACAUAGGAUCUAUGUACAUUAGGAAGUAUCUUCAGUGUAAAGGAUUAUCAGUAUAUAUUACACAGGAGGAACUGGCUGACCUCAAGGACUUACAUCACGUAACAAUCACACAGAGCCAGUUCAACAAGCACUGUAAAAACAUCACCAGCUAAGAUCUCCUAUAGAUGCUAUGCAGGAGAAAGGACUUGGUGGCUUUCAGCCACAGAUGGUGCAGCUGUGAAAAAGGCUAAUGCUAAAAAUGCAAUUCUGAAGUGGAACUGCGCAGGGCAAGAAAAUAAUGGUUUGCAUAAUUCUAGUCAUGAAAAUAAACCUAAUGGUGUUCAGACAGCUUAGAAAAUGAGGGAAAUGAAGAUCCACCCUCUUAGGAAAGAAGAUUUCACAGGUGAUGUUUCUGAAUUCUAAAACAAUUACAAAGGACAAAGCACUCUAGAGCUGUGAAAGCACAAUGAAAAUUACAGAGGCCAAGAAUAAAUCGAUAUACCACUAUUUUUAAGCUUAAUCUGUUUACAGAAUAGAUCAUAUGCUGUGGAUGCCUUUGAUAGUAGGGAACUAGCCCUAAGUCAUCAAGCAUUUUCACCUUGUCGUGUAUUACUCGAACUAAAAAUAACUUUUCUUUGUAAAUUGUCAUGUUAACACAUGUUCUCUAAAGCAGUAAUAAUUCAGCCUCCUUGUUUGGACAGGGAGGAGAGGAACCCCUGACCGAGCAGAAAAUCCUGCACUUCUGAAACAUGGAGCAGAUGGGCAAUUCCAAACAAUCUGAAUGAAAUGGGGCCUACAUGGGGACAUGGUGUCUUCUGUGAAUGUAUUAAUGGUUAAAUUCUAUUCUUCCUCUUAGGCAAUGGUAGAACUCGGUGCUUUCCAUCUCACAUUAUCAUUUUGCUGUUGAUCUUGGUAGGGAGGGUUUUAUCCUUUUUUUUAAUUCCCAAGAGAUGUCAGGCAGACAGUGUUUGAAACAUCUGUACUACAUUUUCAUUCUAGGUUUUGUCUGAGUAAGAUGUCAUGCUACAAGCCUGGAACGUUUUCAAGAAGCAAGACUGGAAGGACUCAAGAGUCUCCAGCAAUUCUCUGUAUUGUGUAGUUAGGUGUGAGGAAGUUCCUCCUGGUGCACAUGGAUGUAUUCAUGAACCAGUGAAGAACCACAGCUGCUGCACACAAGUACUCAGUAGAUGUGGUGGAGCAGGUGAUCAUCACUGUUUCUCUAACCCCACUCUGGAGCCAGUUGCUUUUUCUUACCUUGGACACCAGCUGUGGUUUGGGCACGUUCAUGAGAUCACAGAGGCAGUUGCGCUUCUCUCUUACAACGGGCAGUUCAGCUUCCCUGUGUGAGGAAGUAUUGUCCAGUUAAUUGAUAAGUAAAACCUGGAAGUUGGCUACAUCCAUACAGCUAUCCAUCCUGUCACUCUCUACUAUGUGUGCAGCUAUUCUUUCGUGUACAUUUGUAGAAGUUUUUGUUGUGUCACAUUUUGAGACUAACAAACAUUUUUGUACCAUCUUAGGGCAGAUACCCCCUGAGUACACAGUAAGUCUUCCACAAGUGACCAGUUGCUAGUAAAAUGUCCAAGACUAUUCUUUUUGAUUUUUGCAUUCCAAAAUAUAAGACUUAUGAAUAACAACCCUUUUGACUUAUUCUCUACAGUUACAGCUCCAUUUUGUUUAAGAAGAGUUUGCCUCAAGAAUUAAGAUAAAUGUCACUGGAUUUGGAGAACAUUCGACAUUCUCCUGAAGUAGAAAAUCCAGACCUAGAACUUGCCUUUUAAAAGGUUUCUGCAAUAGCAUGGUGGCCAUGAGAUAAUUUCCUCAAGAACUGUCAGUUACAAAAAGCUCCCAAAUGCCAAAAAUCCCUGCAGACAACAUUCUUUUCCAUGCUGUAAAAAUCUACCACUCUGGAAUGCUGUGAGACUGCUCCCAUUACUCACCAUUUCAGUAGAUUUGUUUUGGUUUUCUUAAGUAACAACUGUAAAUGAACUACUAAAACUUUAACUCUUUUUGCACAUAAACAGAGUCCAAAACUACAGAGAAAAUGCUUAAAGGGCAAGUCAGAAAUAACUUUGGACAAUUUGUCAUAUUUAAUACUGGAAACCUUCCUCUAGCUGAACAAACUUAUUAUUUAUAAUUAGUUUAAACUCUGAAUUCUACAACUGUUUGACAAACUCUCUGUAGUUCCAUCAAGGAAAAAAGCUGUGUAGCCAGUAAUUAAUUAUCAUCUUCCCCAAAUAUUAAUUCUCAGUUAGCUUCCUGACGUUAAUGCUUAUUGCAAUUCAGAAGUUACUGGUUGUUCUAGCAUGAGAGUAUUUGAGAGUAACAAGCAGCCCUCUUUGACACUCAGCAAAGGCUUCAAGUGUCUCCUUUGUAAACAGUUAAAUCUAUGAGAUAAAACAAUUAAGUUGGAAGUGAAUGAGCUCUUCAUCUUUAAUCGUGGUGCAGUGGAUGUACUGCAAUGGGGAGCUUAGAGCCAGCCCUGAACUAAGACAGCCCAACCCAGGCAGCCCCAUCACACUAAUUAUUUUGCUGAACUAUUUUUUAGGAAGUAUUUUGCUUUCUUGUACUAACCCCUUUGGAGCUGUCCUGCCACUGGUGCUUCUGUAGCUGGUUGGUCUAACUGUGGUACUGUGAACACCCCUGUGUGAUAGCAAUAACCUGCUCCUCCUCAGUUGUUUCUGUGAUCAAAUUCUUUAUGUAACUUCUGAGCAAGCCUGCUCUUCAACUCAGAGUUCAUAAGGGAGCCCUGCAUCACACUAAACACCAAUAUGUAGCUACACAACAAUAAUUUUAACAACAGGCAGAACUGUUAAUAACCAAUUCUUCAAACCUGAGACCGUUACUCUGAUUUUUUGUACUGGAAAAUUCAGGAAAAAAAGAGCAACAGCCACCCCUGACAAUGACAAACUUUGUUUUCUUUUCCCAAAGAUAAGGUUACUUAAGCUCAAACAUAGAAAUAAACUAGAAAGUAAAUAAAAUUUAAAUGAUGUAAGCAUGCAGUCUGAAAAAUGUAACCCACAAGCUUGAGGGAGCUUUGUUCUCUGAACAUGUCUUGGUUCAUUUUAUUUCCAUGAAAUAAUGAAGACAAAAACCCAUUUACUAUAAUGACUAAAUAAAUAAUAUAUAUCUGUCUAUUCUCAUGUAUUGACUACUCCUUGAGGCAGGGUGUUGGGCCACUGCACCCAUGACCCAGGAGAGUCAGCUGGAACAAGGAAACACAUUUAACCUGGCAGCAAAACUAAUAAACUGAUUUAAGCUUUGGUGAAUCCUGCUUGGGAAGAACAAGGCCCUGCUCCCCUGCCCUUGGAGGAAGGUAGCAGGAGGUAAAUGAGUGAAUUAUGCUCUAUAGAAGUGGUUGUUUAAUUCAUGCAAUCAUAUGCUUGGGAAACAUCUAAACUGUUCCAGUUCAAAGUAUUUGCUUGAAUACAACAUUUGUAGUGUUUUGA